GAUAAUUACAGUCGCUUUGUAAACUUCCGGUAAAGUAAAAAAAUCAGGUUGAAAACGUGAGCAGGUUAUAAAACAACUGCAAAAUAGAAUAUAUAUGAAUAAUCUAGCGAAAAACUUCAGAUCAUGGCAAAGUUAUUGCUACAGCAGGUAUAUUUCUAUGUCAAACGUAAGAAAGGAUAAACAAAAGUUCAAAUCAAAACCACCUGCAAAGUUAGAACGAGAUUGGGUAGGACCACCAGAGAAAGAUUCUAACAUGAGACAAAUACAAUUUUACAUACCAGAAAGUGAAACAGCAUUACAGAAGAAGUUCCGAAUGUUACGGCAAGAUACUCUUGACUUUAACAAUAAAUUUUGGACGAAACAUAAUGACGAUUUCUUUCGUGAAAAAGAAUUAUUUGUGAAAACAAAACUUGCAGAGAAAAAAGUAGAGUCUGACAUUACAGAUAAAGAUGUACCGUCAAAGUUAACGCCAGAGGAGAUGUCUAUGUUUUAUCGACAAUUUCUAAAUGAAAACUUUCGUAAGAAUGUGAAGUACAACGGAGAAUGGUACAGAAGAAACUUUUCAUUAUUUGCUUUAUCGUUGAGAGUUUUCAUCGAAAGACUGAAACUUGAAUUACUGAAUAAAGUUAAAAAAGGAUGACGUAGCUUAAGAAACUAUA